AUGCACAGCUCUACCUACCGCGCCGAGAGUCCGCAUCUGCAGAUGACCACUGAGGAGCAUCUGCCCACACUCAGAGCCCACAGAAACACACACAAAGACACUCCGCUGCGUGUGUAUGACGACGACGACGGCUCGGAUGGCAAUGGGGAGAUGCAGACCAUGGAGAAGAAUCUGGCCAAGCUGGUGUCACGGGUGGCUACGCUGCAGUGUGCGGCAGACGUCAGCCGAGAGCGUGUGGAGUACUUGGAGGAGGCGAAUGCGUCGCUGAUGAAGGAUCUGGAAGAUGUGG